AUGGCUGUUAGAAAACCAUUAACUAAAUUCACAACUCCAUUAGGUUCUGGUGCAGGUGUCCCUAAAGAUAAACGUCCACCACGCGUCACUGAUUCUGCGGUACGUCUAGCGAAACCAUUCAAAGUUCCUUUUGCUAAUAAACAUGAAGCUACAGUUGAGGGUGGGGUUACUAUUGUUUCACGUAGACCAGUCAGAUCCACGAGAAAAGUUACAAAUUACGCGGUUGAUGGUAUUGUAAUAACUGAUGACAAUAAUGAUGAUUUAGAUGUCAAUGGGGAAGGCGAAGGAAUCAAAAGAAAAAGAUAUGGUGCUUUAUUGCCAAGAGCUGUCAAUAAGAACGUUUCAAAAAAUGAAAACGCGUUUAGAAAGUCAUUUACAAUUCCAUUUGCUAAGAAUAAUCCAAAACAAAGUGAGAUAAAUAGAGCUCCUCCACCUCCAUUGGGCACUAAGGUUAAACCCAUUCUUCCACCAAGAGCAUUACAUGAUCCAACUAGUGAAUUUGCAAUUGUACUAUAUGAUCCAACUGUUGAUGUCAUUCCCAAGAUUGAAGAAAUUAAAGAUGAAGAAUCAGAUAAAUCACCAACUCCUGAAGAAGAUAAAGAUUAUAAAGAAGAGCCUGACGAAAGACCAGCUAAGAGAAGAAAAGUUCAUAAAUCAUUGGCCGAAAUCCUUGGUAUAGUUACUAAUCCGGAAGAAAAAUUGGCUAAAUAUCCUGAUGUUCCUGUUGUCAUUGAUCCGAAAUUGGCUAAAAUUUUACGUCCCCAUCAAGUUGCAGGUGUUAAAUUCUUGUACCGUUGUACUGCUGGUUUAAUUGACGCCAAGGCUAAAGGAUGUAUUAUGGCAGACGAGAUGGGUUUAGGUAAAACUUUGCAAUGUCUUACAUUGAUGUGGACUUUACUUCGACAAUCGCCAAGAGGUAAGAAAACCAUUGAUAAAUGUAUUAUUGUGUGUCCGUCAUCUUUAGUAAGAAAUUGGGCUAAUGAAAUUGUUAAAUGGUUGGGAGAAGGUGCUUUGACUCCAUUGGCAGUUGAUGGUAAAAGUACGAAAUCCAGUGACUUGGGCACCGCUUUACAGCAAUGGGCAAGUGCACAAGGUAGAAACAUUGUUCGUCCAGUAUUGAUUAUUUCUUACGAAACAUUGCGUAGAAAUGUUGAUAAAUUGGCAGGUACAGAGGUCGGAUUGAUGUUGGCUGAUGAAGGUCAUCGUUUGAAAAAUGGUGAAUCGUUGACAUUUACUGCAUUAAAUUCAUUGCGUUGUGAAAGAAGAGUUAUUUUAUCGGGUACUCCAAUUCAAAAUGAUUUAUCUGAAUAUUUUGCCUUGUUAAAUUUUGCAAACCCAGGAUAUUUGGGUACAAGAAAUGAAUUUAAGAAAAAUUUUGAAAAUGCAAUUUUAAGAGGCCGUGAUGCCGAUGCUACUGAGAAGGAACGUGAAAAGGGAGACCAAAAGUUGGUGGAAUUAUCUCAAUUGGUUUCGAAAUUCAUUAUUAGAAGAACUAAUGAUAUAUUGUCCAAGUAUUUACCUGUCAAAUAUGAAUAUGUGUUAUUUACAGGGUUGUCACCAAUGCAAAAGAGCUUAUACAGUCAUUUCAUUAAUUCUCCUGAUAUGAAGAAAUUAAUUAGAGGUAUUGGAUCACAACCGUUGAAAGCUAUUGGUUUGCUUAAGAAGCUUUGUAGUCAUCCUGAUUUAUUGGAUUUACCUGAUGAUAUUGAAGGUUGUGAUCAUUUGAUUCCUGAUGAUUAUGAGUCAUCAAUUUCUCAUAAUGGUGGUCGUGGAGGUUUUCGUAAUUCUGAAGUGCAAACAUGGUUUAGUGUUAAAUUUAUGAUUUUAGAGAGAUUUCUUCAUAAAAUCAAAAAGGAAACCAACGAUAAAAUUGUUUUGAUUUCUAAUUACACCCAAACAUUGGAUUUGAUUGAGAAGAUGUGUCGUAACAAGAAAUAUGGUGUUUUGAGAUUGGAUGGUACAUUAAGUAUCAACAAACGUCAAAAAUUAGUGGACAAGUUUAAUAACCCUGAUGGAUCCGAAUUCAUUUUCUUGCUUUCUUCUAAAGCUGGUGGAUGUGGUAUCAAUUUAAUUGGUGCAAAUCGUUUAGUAUUGAUUGAUCCAGAUUGGAAUCCAGCUCUGGAUCAACAAGCAUUGGCUCGUGUUUGGAGAGAUGGUCAAAAGAAAGAUUGUUUUAUCUAUAGAUUUAUUUCUACUGGGACAAUUGAAGAGAAAAUUUUCCAAAGACAAUCGAUGAAGUUGCAAUUAUCGAGUUGUGUGGUUGAUGAAAAAGAAGAUGUUGAUAGAUUAUUCUCAUCUGAUAAUUUAAGAAAAUUGUUUGAGUUUAACCCAGAUACAAGUUGUGAUACCCAUGAUACCUACAAUUGUAAACGUUGUAAAAGAGACAAGGGUCAGUUCAUUAAAGCUCCGGCUAUGUUAUAUGGUGAUUCUACAACUUGGAACCAUUUGAAUCACAAAGCUUUAGCAAACAAUGAAGAUACAUUAAUUGCCAAUGAAGCUCAAUUUGACGAUAUUAGUUUUGCAUUUCAAUAUAUUUCUCAUUAA